CAUCCCCGCUGUUAGCGCCCACGGUGAUGCUGCGACGCCUGCGCCAGUAACCGGCGCGGUGCAGCAUCCGACCAUGGCAGCCCCGGCGUUGGCGGCGCAGUUGCGGCUCGGCGUGUGCGGCCUGAGGGCCUUGCAAGCCCGAGGAUUCAAAUCCGAUCAGUCUGGUAAAUUCGACUCCCACGACGGCUCCAUCCGGGAGGGCGGUGGGGCCUUCGCCAGAAGAGAGAAGGCCGAAGAGGAGCGCUACUUCCGAGCACGAUCUAAAGAACAGCUGGCAGCCUUGAAGAAGCACCAUGAAGAUGAGAUUGCUCUUCAUAAGAAGGAGAUUGAGCGUCUGCAGAAAGAAAUUGAGAGGCACAAGAAGAAGAUCCAAACCUUAAAAGAACAACAUGAGGAUGAUGAUUAAGUGCACACACUUACCUGUUGAAUGGCUGCAAAUCAUUGCUCCCUUCAGUGAAGUUCCCAUUUAUUUUCUGUAUUGAUAUGUGUGCUAUUAACAGACUAUAAUAAAUCAGCACCAGUG